CGCUGCAGAGCUGGGCUGCAGCAUCGAACUCGCAGUGUUGCCGGCGCUCCCUAGCGUGCUUGCGGAGACGGUGGUGCCCGUCGAGCCAUGGCAGCGGCAGCCCUCUGGCCUUGGUGCCUCCAGUUGAGGCUGUUGCUGCUGCCGCUGCUGCUGCUUUUGCUUCGGGCGGAUCCUGUGCGGCCUGACAACAAGGUGUUUGGCAACCUGGACCAGGUACGGAUGACCUCAGAGGGCUCUGACUGCCGCUGCAAAUGCAUCAUGAGACCACUGAGCAAGGAUGCAUGCAGCCGGGUACGCAGUGGGCGUGGACGAGUAGAGGACUUCUACUCCGUGGAAACGCUAAGUUCAGGGACCGACUGCCGCUGUUCCUGCACUGCUCCGCCUUCCUCACUCAACCCCUGUGAGAAUGAGUGGAAGAUGGAAAAACUCAAGAAGCAGGCACCUGAGCUACUCAAGCUGCACUCCAUGGUGGAUCUCCUGGAGGGUACUCUAUACAGCAUGGAUCUGAUGAAAGUACAUGCCUACAUCCACAAGGUAGCCUCCCAGAUGAACACGCUGGAGGAGAGCAUCAAGGCCAACCUGAGCCAGGAGAGUGAGAUGGUGAAAGACAGCAUACGUCACCUCAAUGAACAGCUGAAGAGCUAUGAGAACCAGUCAGCCAUCAUGAUGAGCAUUAAGAAGGAACUGUCCAGCCUGGGCCUCCAGUUGCUGCAGAGGGAUGCCGCUGCUGUCCCUGCCGCUGCCCCUGCCUCAAGCCCUGACAGCAAAGCUCAGGACACAGCUGGAGGGCAAGGCAAAGACUUCAACAAAUAUGGCAGCAUGCAAAAGGGCUUCUCAGACAAGGGCCUUGCAAAGCCUCCCACGGAGAAGCUGCUGAAAGUGGAGAAGCUGAGGAAAGAGAGCAUCAAGGGCAAAAUACCCCACCCCUCAGCCAGACCACGUGCCCUGGCCCAGCAGCAGGCAGUGAUCCGAGGCUUCACCUACUACAAGGCGGGCAGGCAGGAGGCCAAACAAGAAGCACCCAAGGCCACGGCUGACAACACUCUCAAGGGCGCUUCCUGGCUGGAGAAACUAUCACCCAAGAUGGAGGCCAAGCUUCCGGAGAAACUACCACCCAAGAUGGAGGCCAAGCUUCCGGAGAAACUACCACCCAAGAUGGAGGCCAAGCUUCCGGAGAAACUACCACCCGAGACGGAGGCCAAGCUUCCGAAGAAACUACCACCCGAGACGGAGGCCAAGCUUCCGGAGAAACUACCACCCGAGACGGAGGCCAAGCUUCCGGAGCCGAACUCUGCCCAACAUGAUGGAGUCUUGCUGCAGGCUUCAGAAGGAGCCAGCUUGGCCCCUGACAUCUCCACUUUCACCCCAACUCCGAUCAGCACUCCCUGGCCCACUGAGCCACCUUUGCAUCCAGAAGGCCAUGGCCCAGGUAGGGAAGGCAGCUGUGAGGGCACCCUCCGAGCUGUGGACCCCCCUAUGAAGCACCACAGUUACGGGCGCCAUGAAGGGGCCUGGAUGAAGGACCCUGCAGCUCUUGAUGACAGAAUCUACGUCACCAACUACUACUAUGGAAACAAUCUGGUGGAGUUUCGAAACCUGGAAAAUUUCAAACAAGGUCGAUGGAGUAACAUGUACAAGCUACCCUACAACUGGAUAGGCACAGGCCAUGUGGUGUACCAGGGUGCCUUCUACUACAACCGUGCCUUCACCAAGAACAUCAUCAAAUAUGACCUGCACCAGCGCUUUGUGGCCUCCUGGGCACUACUGCCUGAUGUGGUCUAUGAAGACACCACACCCUGGAAGUGGCGUGGCCACUCGGACAUUGAUUUUGCUGUAGAUGAGAGUGGUCUGUGGGUCAUCUACCCAGCUGUUGAUGAGCAAGAUGAAGCCCAGCCUGAGGUGAUUGUGUUGAGCCGCCUGGACCCCAGAGACCUCUCUGUGCACCAAGAGACCAUGUGGAAGACACGGCUGAGGAGGAACUCCUAUGGGAACUGCUUCCUGGUGUGUGGCAUCCUGUAUGCUGUGGAUACUUACAACCAGCACGAAAGCCAGGUGGCCUAUGCCUUCGACACCCACACAGGCACUGAUGCUCACCUACAGUUGCCCUUCCUCAAUGAGUUUUCCUACACUACUCAGGUUGACUACAACCCCAAGGAGCGUGUGCUCUAUGCCUGGGACAAUGGCCACCAGCUCACCUACACCCUCCACUUUGUGGUCUGAAUGAAGACCUAUGUUCACAGGGGAGGGCAAGGAGAGGAGUAGGGCUGCUCCUAGCCACUCCUGCAGCUGAUGUCAAUAUCAACUGAGGGUGUCCUGGGCUAGGUAUUGGCUUUGAUGGCAGCCACGGCAGUACUUCCUUAGCACCCAGCAGGUGACACUAGCUUCCAUUGCAGAAUGUUGUGCUGAGGGCUUUUCCUGCAUUUUCCCUUUUGACUCUUUCCCCUGCUUCCCUUGGAGGCAGAGAUCCUUAAGUCCAUUGAGCAGAGGAGGUGACUGAAGCCCAAAGGGGCAGCAUCCCAGUUGUAUUAGGGCAGGCAGUGUUCUUACAAUAGCCACACUUUAUGGAUGAGAUGGCCUCACCUAGUUCUUCCCAUCUCCAGGACCCUUCCCAGGACUCUGCAAAGCCUGAGGUCUUUGGAAAUCUAUGCACUGAAGUUCUGCAGCUCUAGGUCGCUCUUCUGGUUGAAUGCCCAUGACUUUGAGCUUAGAGCCUCUUGACCUGUGGUCAGCCCCAGUGCUCUCCUCUCUACUGUCUGACCACAUUCCAGAAGUUCACCAUCACAGCCACAGAGCAAGAACCAUACCCUGAAGUAGCACUGGCUGGGUCCAUGGCCCUCCCUCUGUGGCUACUUCUUGUCUUCCUGUUCCUUGCACAUUUCUCACCAGAUGAGAAGGUAUAGACAGCUAAGCUGUGGCAGAAUGGGGUGCUGGCCUGAGCUCCCCCCAUCUCAACUCCUGUACCACCCACUAGGCCUUGGCUCCUUCCCUAUCCCUUCCCUUGAGCCUGCAGUCCUUUAUGGGCCUUCACAGCUAGUCUGCUCACACUCAGGGAUUGCUAGGAGUAAGGCGUUUGUCCCUGGAGAGGGUGGCCCCAAGAUGGAACAGGCUCCCUCUUCCUUGUCGAUCCUGAUCUGGUCAUUUGGUGGGCUGGUCCAGCAGCCUGGGAAUCUGGGGGAGACAGGACAGAGGGGUUCAAAAGAGACCUUGGGCCUUCUCAGGUUGCAGGACAAAGCCAGGAGGUGGUCUUAGCACCAGGAUUUUCUUUGAGAUAGGACUUGGGAUUGUGGACAUACUAGUGAACAUGUAUAAGCUACCCUACAAUGGGACUGGCAGCUGUCCUGCUGCUGCUUGUGGCUCACAGCACCUACAGACACAGACAGCCCCGAGAACACGACCUUUCAAGCCAGCCUAUGGCUGCUUUGGACAUUCUUUUUAAAGCUGUAGAGAAGUUCUUUUGCCCAUCUCCUCUUUUUAACCAAAGAAAAUAUAGGUCCCAACAGUUCUAGGAUAUGGAGUGGAGUCAUAUAGAGCAGGACAUAGCUGGUCUCAUUUGGAAAAGCCCUAUACCCUCCCACCUCAGAGACAGCCCUGCCUGCAAAGAUAACAGACCCCCACAGCACCUUUGAAGGUGUCUACCACUGGACCCUGGACCCUUCCUUACACGCUGUGCCUGCUCCUAGGCAAUCUGCAGUGGAUACCAGCUGCCCCAUUAUGAAAUCCCACUGUGCAGCAUUAGGUAGGGAGAUUCAGGUUCUGUGCAGACUUCAUUUCUUCCAGACAUUGUUGGGUGAUGUUUUGCUUAAGGAAUAACUCACCCUUGAAAUAAAGAGGGACAGUGACACCCAGCCCAGCCAAGUCUGACUCAUAGUGGUAGCCACAUCCAGCUCCCCCACCCAGCUGACCACCACAGGCUCCCCUUCCAGCCUCUUCAGAGCACUUGGAACCCCCUUGCGCCACUGCCUGUAUACACCCUGACCUUUCCCUUGGCCCUGGAUGUGGGUUUUUUUCAUGGCUGUGUUUUGUGAUGUCAUAGCCCAACCAUGUGAGAGAUGAUCAGGCAGCUUGCAGCAGUCUGAGGAAAGAGAACACCAGAUCACAUUGGUUUGAAGAGUAAACAUGUGGCAUAGUUUCCAGGGGUGGGACACAGGCCUGCCAUAGAGCCCAGUCAUUCUUCA